GAGGAAACCGGCGUAACAGGAACCUCCCUCCAUGGUAGUAUUCACUGCCUCCAUUCUUUCAUUCGCACGGGUGAAUCCGUGCUUUCACUGCUCAUAUCUCGACUGGUUCCUGUCCUUUUGUUCACUCAGGUCUCAUCUUCUCUUCCAUCUUUCCCCUCUCACUCUCCCUCCUUUACCAACAUGUCCAACACACCGUCUCCCCAGUAGCCUACUAAGACAGCAUUACAAGCACGAUGCAGGACUCCACGGACACCAUCAACACUAUCAAUGACCUCCCCCUUCGUCCUGCCAAGCCUGAAGAUGCUACUGACGCUCAGCAGUCGGAGCAGGGGAAACCAGGCUCUGCUACACCUCAGUCACCCGAGGAGCAACAAGCCCAGGACCCAGUUAUGCCGGUGGAAUUAGGUGAGCCCAAAAAGAAGAAACGAAGCAAGCCUCGCCCCAAGAGUAAGCGUGGAAAGAACAAGCCCACCGGUUUCGAAGAGUACUACGUCGACGCCCCCAUAACCCCCCAGGAGUUCGAGAACGAGAGGCAGAUUUACGAUGUCUCCCGACCUCUACUCUUUCGACUAGAGGAUGCUCUCCUACGCUACCAGAAGAACCGUCGUCUUGAGUCGGACAGAAGAGUGGUCUUUCUGAAGUAUCUGGCAUAUGGGGGUGUGGAUAUUGGUCAGAAGAUGUUCGGGGGCGUGGACGGUCGUGACCUCCAGGCAAUGGACAGCGAGCAGAUCCUCCAAGCUAGAGCGCUAGCCAGCAUCAAAAAGGACAAGUCGAACCUUGCCGUCGAUUUCGAUGCCGUUGUGCGCGGCUUUCUGACGUCCUUCUUCCCAUACUACUUCAAUCCCGAAACUGAAGACAUGGUCAAGCUGGCAACAGUCACCAUCCGAAAUUUCCUGUCCUACCUGCUCUAUCAUGACGUGUGUCCGGAGUACAAUGAGAACAUUGACCAGGCCAGGACAUCGUGCGACAUAGCUGCAAAGGAGUUAUGGAAGAACCAGCAGUUCAUGGCCAAAGGCCCCGGCGAUUUUAAUACAGCCUGUUCCAUGCUUUUUGGCGGCGACCUCUACAAUGCAUGCGCGUUUGGCCAUGACUGGAAACCUUCGAAGGAUGAUUCGCCCGGCAUGACGAACGAGGCGGCCCGCAAAAUCGUAAAGUUCGCCCUUGCGUGUGCAGGUGAAGACGCACAAACCCUCAGAUAUUUGGAAGUGGACAAGCAAAAUCAGCUGGGCGCAAGGCGCAUUGAGGACAUAGACGGAUUUGAGAUCACUGCCGUGCACCCUCCCGAUCAAGUCGUCUGCAGCUUGUACGAUGCGCAAGCCCCUGAUCUUAAUGCCGUGGGAAAGCUGUUGGCCAAGGCUUACCGGGAUCCCGGGCAGCCGCCUUAUGACCGAAGUCCGGAGGAGGAUAUGAUAGGAUUUCCGGAGCUAGAGUUCGAAUUUUUCCUGGAGGGGAGUCUGCUCCAGUACUGCUACCCGGGGAUGAAAGUGAUUACUCCGGUGUGGGAAAUGAGCUGCGGUUUCUAUUACUUCGAGGAUGUGAACCGGGCGUAUUGUUCUACCUAUACCGUCCUGGACAACGACCUGAUGCUUGGAUGGAAGAAGCCAAGUGAUUUGACUGGAUCGCAGGAUGAUACGAAUGAUGAUGGCGACGACUCCUCGGUCACCUUGUGAGCGCUUCCAGAACACUACUGGGUAGGUUUAGAAGCUCUUCGUAGGUGACCCUCAGUCUGGCUGUUACAUUUACGAAAACAUGGCCCUAGCGUAUUUGAUUUUACAGAUAGUCCACACAAUGUUAUUCUAUUCAGACAUGUAUUCGUUACGCAUCACUACCGCUCAGGGUUUCAGAAGCGACUUGCCGGUGGUCUUUCUACCCUCUAGAUCCGUGUGAGCCUGGGCCACCUCCUCUAAGGGGUAGACCUUGUGAAUCUUAGCCUUGAGCUUGUUCGACAGGAGAAGCGAGAACAGCUCGUUGACGUAGUACUCAAACUCCUCGCGCGUCUCAAUGUAGCCAAAGAGCUGAGGCCGGGCCACCUUGACACACUUGGGGGAGAGCUUCCUAUAGAAGAAAAUGGAUCAGCCC